CAAACUUAAACUGACCAUAUCAUACAAAAAUACUCUCAAAUUAAGGUAAAAAAAUGGAGCAGCCCAUCAAUCUUUUCUUGUUACAUGUCUUUUCUUCUUCUUCUUCAAUCAACCAAGAUUAUCAACUGCCAUUGAUAGCCAAAGUAUAAAGAUUAAUGUUAUGCCUUUGGGAGCCAAACCAGAUGGAAAAACCGAUUCGACAGCGGCGCUUGUGAGAGCAUGGGAUGCAGCUUGCGACUCUCCUAAACCGGCCACCAUUUUUGUACCAAAGGGAGGUUUUGGUGAAGCAAAAGCUCAAUUUUCGGGUCCAUGCAAGACUGGAGCAAUAAUAAUUAGGAUUGACGACUCAAUUAUUGCUCCUUCAGAUUACAGUGUUCUUGGUGAUGCUGAAUUUUGGCUUCAAUUUAAAAAGGUGGAUGGAGUUUCAAUUCUUGGUGGAGUUCUUGAUGGCCAAGGGGCCGGUCUCUGGGCUUGUAAAUCCUCCGGCAAGAACUGCCCAACCGGUGUCACGACUCUAGGAUUUUCGAAGUCAAACAACAUUGCCAUUUCUGGCCUAAUUUCCCUCAACAGCCAACUGUAUCACAUUGUGUUCAACGGUUGCAACAAUGUUAAGUUACAAUCAGUAAAGACUGGCUGCCGGAGACAGUCCCAACACCGACGGAAUUCACGUCCAAAUCUCGUCCGACGUCAAAAUCUUGAAAUCGAAACUCAGUACCGGCGACGAUUGUGUUUCCAUUGGCCCCGGAACAACCAAUUUGUUGAUUCAGGACGUCAUUUGUGGUCCUGGCCAUGGCAUAAGCAUUGAGAGUCUUGGAAAAGAUUUUGAAGAAGAAGGCGUGCAAAAUGUGACAGUAAAAAGUGUGACAUUUGUAAAUACUUAGAACGGCGUGAGGAUUAAAUCAUGGGGAAGACCAUGUAACUACAAGAAACUGGAGGUUUAGUCACAAUUGAUAUCUUAUCACUAAAAUAUUGUCAUUAUAGCUAUGGUUUAAUGACAAUUUUUUUCCUUAAUGACAAGUUAAUAUUCUUGUCACUACACGCCCCUAUAAUGACGAUCUAUAUCUUGUCACUAGUUUUAGUGACGACAUGUUAAUGACAACAUUUGCCUUGUUGGUAGAGUAAUCAAUAUUGACGAUUUUUCUUUGUCGUUCUGCUGUGACAAGUAUAUGCUGUCACUGAAGAAUGGAAACGGUGAUGUCCAAGAAUGUUGCAGUUAGUAAUUGUAAUAGAUAUGACACCCUAAUAUAGUGGCAUGCCCUGGCAUCUUAGAAGAACAAAAUUGUGGUAAAACCAAAUAGUUUCAUUCGAAUUUUCCUCUCAGAAAACCAAAUUGUUUAAAAAUAUUAGACCAAACCGUUUAUAAAAUUGAAACUGAACUUAUUAGUCUGGUUUAGGAUUUUUCCUACCAAAUAGACUGCUUAAAAACGUUGGACUAAACUGUCAGAUCAUUUGUAACCAAUUUAGGGCUUGUUUGAUAAAAUCACUUAAUGUUAAAAUUAG